AUGCGCUGCAACGCGCUCGCAGUCGCGGCAUCACCCGUGCGAUGUGCGUGCGGACCCGAGUGUGAACCCGACAGAGCGGGAGACGUUCGCAGCGUGGGCAGGGAGAUACCCGCAAAGGGCGGGGUUGACGGGCAGUGUUGUCGAAGAGGUUUAAGGAUGAGAAGGCUGAGAGGGAGAAGUUGGCAACAUUGGAGAUUGGACGUCUCGACCUUCUGGACGCGCUACUUCUUCCAAGUACACCAGAUUGAGCCCGUCAGGGAAGAUCCGAGGACUUCAGCUGGGAAGACGAUGAUGACGAGGCGUCCGCCACCUCACCAACUGCCCCUCCCGCCAAACCCACAAUUCCUCCGUAUCCCGCCCCGAAUCCGCCCUCUCGCAUGGUUCAGCGGCAGCAGCGUCCACUUCUGGGGCAUCGACGCCUACCACCAGCUCUUGCCAGUGCAGCGAGGAAAGCUACGACGUGAUCUCCUAACAGUACUGCCUAACCACGAAGUGCUCAACGAUGUCAUGUGGAAACAAUAUUGCGCUGGCAUCUACAGUACCGCGGCUAGCGUCGAGCGUCAGGACCGCCCAAGGACUGCCCAGAGAAAGACAAGCACAGCGAACUACGAAGUAGUCGUGAAAGAUGCAGGAUGCAGGGAAACCCUAGAUGCGGCGACGGCGACAGCAAAGGGGCUCUAA